AUGUCAGUGGCUUUUAUCUCUGCCUUUGGCCAGCUUAUCAUCCCACCAGGGUACCUGAUCACGGGUCAGUCUGAGACAGUAACACCAUCUCAAACAAUAAUCACAUUAGUUGGUGAGGACGUCAUCUUACCAUGCCACCUAGAACCUCCAUCAGAUGCUGUUUCUGAGAUUCUGGAGUGGGGGAGACCUGACCUGGAUCCCAGAUUUGUCCAUGUGUGGUACGAGGGCCAAAACCAUCUGGUUAAUCAAAACCCAUCUUACAAAGGAAGGACAUCUCUGUCCACUGAGAAACUGAAGCAGGGAGACCUUUCACUGAAACUCUCUGGAGUCAAACCCUCUGAUAAUGGCAGAUACAGAUGCUAUUUUCCCUCACAGCACAAAGAAUCUAUCAUUGAACUUCUUGUUGGCUCUCUUUCAUUACCAACAAUAUCAGGAAUCAACAUAAACACCAGCAGGGUGGUGUUACAGUGUGAGUCUGCAGGCUGGUAUCCAGAGCCUGAGCUGCUGUGGUUGGACAGUGAGGGAAACCUCCUCUCUGCUGGACCUACAGAGACCCUCAGAGGUCCUGAUGACCUCUAUACUGUCAGCAGCAGAGUGACUGUGGAGAAGAGAUACAGAAACAGCUUCACGUGCAGAGUCCAACAAAAGGAUAUGAAACAGAGCAGAGAGACACACAUACAUGUUUCAGCCGCAUUUUCAAAAAUACCUGUGCACGUGUGUACGUAG